AACUUUUUCCCCACCUUCUCACUCCAUACAUAUGGACUAGAUUCUCUCUUUUCCCCUAGCCAAACCAAAUCCACAAACUUGUUUCCCUCCAUUCCUUGAUAUUAGAAGAGGGUCAUUACUCAUUACUCAUUACUCAUUACUCAUUACUCAUUAUUCAUUACCAACAACAAUAAUCAAUGUUUUCCCCCUAGCCUUGCCUCUCUCAUCAUUCCCACUAUUCUUCACUUCUCUUCUCCCAUGUGAACAAACUCACUUCUAUUUCCAACAAACACAUCAAUAUUCUUCCCCCAAAAUGAGCCAGUGUGUUCCAAGCUGGGAUGUCGACGACAACCCACCACCCCCAAGACUCUCUCUUCGCUCCAACUCCAAUUCCACUGCCCCUGAUGUUCCCAUGUUAGACUACGAAGUUGCGGAACUGACAUGGGAAAAUGGACAACUUUCUAUGCAUGGGUUAGGGCUACCGCGUGUGCCUGUAAAACCCCCAACAAGCGCCGCGAAUAAGUACACGUGGGAGAAGCCUCGCGCGAGUGGCACCUUGGAGUCCAUAGUGAACCAAGCCACGAGCCUGCCGCAGCGCGGGAAGCCGUCGCUGAACGGUGACGGCGUCGGCGUCUGCGGGGGCUUCGUGGUGCCGUGGUUCGACCCCCACGCGCACGGCGGCGGAGGCGGCGCCACCGCGAACACGGUGGGGAUGGACGCACUGGUGCCGUGCUCGAAGCGGGAGGCGCGGAAGCAGGGCGUGGAGUCGGUCCCAGGCGGCACGUGCAUGGUGGGGUGCUCCACACGUGUGGGGUCUUGCUGCGGUAACCAGGGGGCGAAGGGGCACGAGAUGAGUGGGAGGGAUCAGAGCGUGAGUGGCAGUGCCACGUUUGGGAGGGAUAGCAAGCACGUGACCCUUGACACGUGCGACAGGGAGUUCGGUGUGGCUUUCACUUCCACCUCUAUUAACUCUCUCGAUAACACCAGCUCCGCUAAGCACUGCACCAAGACCACGACCGUUGACGACCACGAUUCCGUUUCCCACAGUAAACCAGUGGGUGAAGAUGGGGAUAAGGAGAAGAAAAAGAGAGCGAACGGAAAAUCGUCGGUGUCCACUAAAAGGAGCAGGGCUGCGGCUAUACACAACCAAUCUGAAAGGAAAAGGAGGGAUAAGAUAAACCAAAGAAUGAAGACAUUGCAAAAGUUGGUCCCAAAUUCCAGCAAGACUGACAAGGCUUCAAUGUUGGAUGAGGUGAUAGAAUAUUUGAAGCAGUUGCAAGCACAAGUGCAGAUGAUGAAUAGAAUCAACAUGUCAUCGAUGAUGCUGCCAUUGACCAUGCAACAACAGCUUCAAAUGUCGAUGAUGUCUCCAAUGGGCAUGGGAUUAGGGAUGGGAAUGGGGAUGGGGAUGGGAAUGGGCAUGGACAUGAACUCCAUGAACCGUGCUAACAUCCCUGGCAUCCCUCCGGUUCUCCACCCUUCUGCCUUCAUGCCCAUGGCGGCCUCCUGGGAUGCCGCUGCCGUUGCCGUCGGCGGCAGUGACAGACUUCAAGGAACUCCGGCCACCGUGAUGCCUGACCCUUUGUCCACAUUUUUUGGGUGCCAAUCACAGCCCAUGAACAUGGAUGCCUACAGUAGACUUGCUGCAAUGUAUCAGCAGCUGCAUCAACCUCCAGCUUCUGGUUCCAAGAACUGAGCUAGCUGAUUCUUCUGCUGUGAUAGUGUUGAGCUACAAACAAGAUACUUAUUCUUUGUGAGAAUUAUGUAUAUUAGCUCCAAAGCAAGCGAUGAGAAACAAUAGCUGAAUAUAUGUACAUGUCCUUUCUUAUUUGGGGUUAGUAACUUGUUGAGAUUAGGUGCUUUCUUGGCUAUUUUACCUUCAUAUGUAUGUUCAUAUAAUUUGCGACUUGUAUAACGCGUUUUGCUAUUUAGUUGAAUAAAGGGUUUAACCUGAUUCAAGUC